CGAAGGCCGGACACCCGACCCAACCCGCUUGCACUGCCGAGCUCCCGCCCAUGCCAACUGCCGUCGAGGCGUCGACACUGAAAGUCCAUUCGAGACGCGACACUGGACAGAUCGGGCUGGCAACAUCAACGACAACUUUGCAACCGCAAUUAGGUACUAGUCGGGUCGUGGUUGGAUCGUGCAACCGCCGCGCUUCUGCUUCGUUGUCCUCAACAACUCACUGGCACAUAGCAGUCUGGUCAGAGGGCGGCCUCGGCGUCAGCACCCCGCGUGCAGUUGGACCCCGCCCGACCGGAGAUCGCACAAAACAUGCGAGGAUGGACCGCCGUCUUGUUCAUCAUGCCAAUCUUUCUUGCAGCGUUCUAUCAAAGUAGAAACACCAUCUCGCUUCUCCAUCGCUGGCCGCCAUCGUCUCGAGCUGCACUGCUAAACUCCCUGAGUUCUCCCUUCAACAUCCGGAUCUACCGUACCAUGUCGACCUUCACCCACCCAAACUACGCGGUGCCCAUAACCUUGCCCGAGGGUCUUUCCCAGGAGCAGCUUCUCGAAUUUCAUCCGUUUCGUUCUUGGAUAUCCACGCUUGAGCACUCCCUUGGCCUGCAAGCCCAGAACCGUUCGCAUCCUUUUCACCAGGACCCCUAUGUGCUCCGCUCCGUGACAAUUCAGUCAUUUGACCUCUUUGGCGGCAAGAGGCUUGGCUUCCUCAAGCUCCUCGCCGAAGUGACCAACAGCGCCGGAGAGAAACUCCCUGGAUCGGUCUUCCUGCGAGGGCCAAGCGUCGCCAUGCUUGUAAUCCUGAUCCCCGAAGAUGCACCCGUCGACACCGACGAGCGCUACGUUGUACUCACCGUGCAGCCACGGAUACCAGCCGGUAGCCUCGAGUUUGUUGAAUUGCCCGCUGGCAUGGUAGAUCAAGAGGGCCAGUUCGUUGGGACCGCCGCAAAGGAAAUCGAGGAAGAACUCGGCUUGAAGAUUCCCACUUCGGAGCUGAAGUCCCUGAGCGAAAUGGCAGACAUGUCCCCAAAGAGCGACGACGGCAAGAUCCAGGACGGUAAUCUUCCACGAGCCAUGUACCCUUCGGCAGGGGGCUGCGACGAAUACAUCCCCAUUUACAUGCACGAGAGACGCGUGCCGCGGGACACGCUUAGUGACUGGACGGGUCGACUUACGGGGCUCCGUGAGCACGGUGAGAAGAUAUCCCUGAAGUUGAUCAAGAUGCAGGAUCUGUGGCGCGAGGGCGCAAGAGACGCCAAAAGCCUUGCGGCGGUGGCCUUAUGGGAAAGCUUGCGAAGAGAGGGAAAGCUCUAAUUCAAACACGAGUAGGCGGCAUACGUGUGCCGGGUAUUCUUGAGAAUAACGCUGGAUGGAGAUGUUCGCGACUCUCGCCAUCAUUCCUUCUACGGCCUACUCACAAGUCCGAAUUUCUGCGCAAUUUGAAUUCCCUUGGCGAAACUGGCCAGGCGCGCAUCAAGCGCAUAUCCUUGAGCCUCCCAUCUGACACAUUCGUCCCACAAACCGUCGAGCUUAACGUGAAAGACCUCGAUAAACUCGUUUUCCUCCAGCUCGGGUUUCAAGUUUUGGUUCUCCGGCAGGCUCAUGUCCACGCUGACCUCGACUAGUUUGAAGUUGGUGUUACAGAACCCGGGGUCUGACAAACCUAGGUGAUUAGCGUGCGAGAACUGACAUCCAAGGUGAUUAAACGAAUUACAUACCGUUAAACAUGAUCGGCGACGUCGUCAAAGCUUGCGCAACAUAGCCUGUCUCUUCCUUGAGCUCCCGGACAGCAGCCUGUUCGGCUGUUUCCUCUUUAUCUACCAAGCCAGCAGGAAGCUCUAUGCAGAUCUUAUCAAGAGGUGGACGAUAUUGCUUCUCGAGAAGAAUCUCGCGGCCUACGAGGUCAAUUAUCAACCAUGCCAAUAGUGAUAAGAGGAAGAAACUUACCAGUGUCCUUUUCCAAAAUGGCAACAACGCUUACACCGUC